CUAUUCUCUUCUCUUCUCAAAAACAAUUGGUUGGUUUAUUUUAUGUAUAUAUUUAAACUUUUUCAGGGUGAGAAAUGACUGCGUUUUUUAGAGACUUUGUCCCCUCUACAUCUUCUUCUUCCUCUUCUAUUGCCUUUCCCUGCGGCACUCGAUCUCCUUUUCUUGUCGUUGUUUUUAAUUUCUUUCAAAAAAUUAAAACAAAAGAAAAGAAAACCCUUUCUCUCCCUGUAGCAAUUCAAAUAAUUUUAUUUCAUCGAGCCCUGGAGAGCCCUUGCCUUUCCCUUUCUUUUUCCUCUUCUUUAUAGUUUUCAUCACUCACUUCCCUUAAAAUAAACAAACCCCCAUAAACAGUUUUUAAUCUAAACUCAUAGUUUAUUUUAUAAUUUUUUUUAUAAAAUAUUGUUUUUAAUCCUUUGUUUUUCCUUGUUUUCUGUUGUCUUUUGAUGCUGGCAUGGCAGGUCUUGAUUUAGGCACUGCUUCGCGCUAUGUUCAUCAGCUUCACAGACCGGACCUUCACCUCCAACACCGACCUGAAACUGAUGACCACGAAGCUUCAAACAAUCGUGUUGGUGGUGGAGGAGGUGGUGCUCACUAUGGCUCAGCUGACCAUCACCAAGACGAUGGCUCUCACCAAGCCCUGGACUUGGUCAACGCAGCCAACUCAGGUCCUGGUGACCUUGUAGCUCGUCGGCCAAGAGGUCGUCCUCCAGGUUCCAAGAACAAACCAAAGCCUCCAGUCAUCAUCACACGGGAGAGUGCAAACACGCUCCGAGCUCACAUUCUUGAAGUUGGGAGCGGCUGUGAUGUGUUUGACUGUGUUGCAAACUACGCUCGGAGAAGGCAAAGAGGAAUCUGUAUACUGAGUGGGAGUGGUACCGUGACCAACGUGAGCAUCAGGCAACCAGCUGCAGCUGGAGCUGUGGUUACUCUUCAUGGAAGAUUUGAAAUAUUAUCACUUUCAGGUUCAUUUUUGCCACCACCAGCUCCUCCUGGUGCCACCAGUUUGACAAUCUUUUUGGCUGGCGGGCAAGGCCAAGUUGUAGGAGGAAGUGUGGUUGGGGAACUGAUGGCGGCAGGACCUGUUAUUGUCAUAGCUGCAUCGUUUACAAAUGUGGCCUAUGAGAGGCUGCCCUUGGAAGAGGAUGACCAGCUGCAGAUGCAAAGUGGCGGCGGCGGAAGCGGUGGAGGUGGUGCUGGAAAUAACAUGUUUGCUGAUGCUGGAGCUGGCACAGGGGGUUUGCCUUUCUUUAAUUUGCCUCUCAAUAUGCCGCCUAAUGUCCAGUUACCCGUUGAAGGAUGGCCAGGAAACUCAGGUGGUAGGCCUCCGUUUUGAGAGAUUUGGGUGGGAAUAUGAGGUUUGGAUAGAAAAAUCAAGCUCUGUUGAGAAGCAGUUUGCAUUGGUGGAAACGGGAUUCUUGGAUCAUAAAGGUCAGGAAAUUCAUGGACUAGUUAUCUUCAUCAUCAUUAUCAUCAUGCUUCUUCUUCUUUUUCUUCUUCCACUU